AUGUUCAAAAAAGCCGUGAAAGAUCACCCCGGGGGACCUGCCAAACCGCUCCAGUCCAAUUUCCUUCGUGCAAACACGGUCUUGCCCUCCAAACCUGCUCAGCCACAAUCUGUCGGUGUCAAACGAAAGAUAGACAUGACGAAUGGUGGGGAAUCCACACUGGGCUCCCUCCACAGUGCCGUCUACUUCGACGAGAAUGAUUUCGACGAUGAUCUGGAUCUCGACAUUGACGAGCCCAUAGCUCUGAAUAUACCAUCGGCGACGAGUUCGACCUAUGCUUCGAAACCUGAUCCGGUCAAUUACCCGACCAUUGAUUUAACUUCCCCCGAUCAUCAUAAUGUGGUUGCCCCGCGCGCAAAGGAGUCUCCAUCGGACAUCAAGUACCCGGAGCUUCCACCCCUAUCCCAAGAGCAAGCUGCGCCACCCAGUAGCAUUCAAGUUCCGUGGUCAUCCUCUCCUCCAUCCCACUUUCAGCCACCACCGAAACCGCGGACUCUGCCCUGGCUAAAGGAGACCCAGGAGGAGGAGCUUUCGGAAUCACGGAAGAACAGCUUUGCUACGCCAAAAAGACCCAGACCCGCUGAACCCUGGAAUAAGAGUGCCAGUGCUAUCAAAGAGGAGCAGAAAGAGCUCCGGCGGGAAUAUAAGAAAAGCCAAAAGGCCGAUUGCGCUCCCAAGCAACGAGGCAACGCCAAACUGGCCAAAGUCUUCCUCAGUGACGAACAAUUACACGUGGUGGAUGCAGUUGUUACCCAUGGCAAAAGUAUCUUCUUCACUGGCUCGGCUGGUACCGGAAAGUCAGUGUUGAUGAGGGAGAUCAUCAAGAAGUUGCGGGACAAGUACAAACGGGAGCCAGACCGAGUUGCAGUGACCGCGUCGACUGGUCUGGCCGCUUGUAACAUUGAAGGCGUUACACUUCACAGUUUUGCAGGCAUUGGAUUAGGCAAGGAGCCCGUUCCCGAAUUGGUGAAGAAGAUAAAAAAAAACCAGAAAGCUCGCAAUCGAUGGCUGCGCACCAAGGUCCUGAUCAUUGAUGAGGUGUCUAUGGUUGAUGGUGAUCUAUUUGACAAGCUCGAGGAAAUUGCACGACGAAUUCGCAACAAUGGUCGUGCUUUCGGAGGCAUUCAACUCGUGGUGACCGGGGACUUUUUCCAAUUGCCGCCUGUACCGGAGGGCCAUGGUCGGGAGGCACGGUUUGCCUUCGCAGCAGCAACGUGGAACACCACGAUCCAGCACACGAUUCUUCUGACACACGUGUUUCGCCAGAAGGACCCUGAGUUUGCUUCGAUGCUCAAUGAAAUGCGAUUGGGCAAGAUCAGUCCAACCACUAUUGAUGCAUUUCGAAAGCUGUCCCGGCCUCUUGAUUUCCAUGACGCCCUUGAAGCAACCGAACUAUUUCCCACUCGUGCCGAGGUAGAGAACGCAAACUCACAGCGGAUGAGUCGGCUCUCCGGGGAAGUCAUGACGUUUCAGGCUGUGGAUUCAGGAACGAUCCAGGAUCCUCAACAUCGGGAGAAGCUUCUCUCCAACUGCAUGGCGCCGAUGACGAUACAUCUCAAAAAGGGUGCACAGGUGAUGCUUAUCAAGAACAUGGAAGACACGCUCGUGAAUGGCUCCAUUGGCCGGGUGGUGGCAUUCAUGGACGAGACAACUUUUGACUGCUAUAAGGACAAUGAAGGUGUCUUUGUUGCGGGUGAAAAUGAAAAUGAGGAUGAGGCAGCACUUCGCGCUCGAAAGAAGCUAAAGCCCCUGGCUCACAAAGAGGGAGGAGUCACAGUGACACGAAAGUGGCCUCUGGUCAGUUUCGUUCAACCUGAUGGGACAGAACGCCAUCUGCUGUGUCAACCUGAAGCCUGGAAGAUCGAACUUCCCAAUGGAGAAGUCCAAGCACAACGCCAGCAAGUGCCUCUCAUCUUGGCUUGGGCAUUGUCCAUCCACAAAGCUCAAGGCCAAACUUUGCAGCGGGUCAAAGUUGACUUGGGUCGAGUCUUCGAAAAGGGACAGGCCUAUGUGGCAUUGAGUCGUGCAACAUCGCAAGCUGGUCUACAGGUCUUGCGAUUCGAUCCGCGCAAAGUCAUGGUGCAUCCGAGGGUGACGGAGUUCUACUCGAAUUUGAUCUCCAUCACGCAGGUCAUGCAAGAAAAGCAAGGCAAGUCACGCGGGGUUGAGAAUGAAGAAGACUGA